AUGGCGCGACUUGAACCGAACCGAAAGCUCAUCAAAUUCGCCGACUGGUUGGCUGACAUCGCUCCUCCACCAAUGACGCAGCAUCCUCCGCCGAGUUUAUCCCCCGGAAUCCUCUCUCCAUGCUCCUCCGCAUUCUCCGCUGUCGAUCCCUUCCGCUCCAGGCUCAAUGCCCCGGGCCCAGGAGUCGUCCUAGGUGGUACACUCCUGCCGUUUCGCUUGUAG